CAUCCAUUGCCAGCUCAGCACGUUGACUUUCUUGCUCAAUCCACCCGCGCAACCCCCCCCUUAAAAACAGCCCAACGUAGUUUUCAAUUUUGUUCUCCAACGUAGUGUUCCCAUCGUUGACCCCAAAAAAAGUAGCCGUUAAUAGUUGAUCUUAAAAGAUGGCGGGAACGGGAACCCCACGUAACGGCCGUGGUCCCUUCCUUUCCCCUCCUCCUCCUCCCCCUCCUCCCCACUAUAAAUCCCCACCCCCUCUCUCUCUCUCAACCCCAAUACCAUACAAUGCGGAGUCGCGCCACACAUCCUCUAUCAUCCAUGGCGGCGGCGGUGGCCGCCGUGAUGUCUCUGCUGGUUCUCGGUGCGGCCGUUCCGACGACCUUGGACGGGCCUUUUACCCCGGCAACUGCGCCGCUCAACGACAGGGUCUUCCGCGGACACGCUGUAGACUUGCCGGACUCCGACCCACGAGUCCAGAGGAGCGUGAGGGGAUGGGAGCCGGAGCAGGUCUCGGUGUCGCUCUCGGCCGCCGCCGACUCCGUGUGGAUCUCCUGGAUCACAGGGGAAUUUCAAAUCGGGGAGAAUGUUGAGCUGUUGGAUCCUAAGACCGUCGCGAGCAUUGUUCGCUAUGGCUACUCUGAGAAUUCGUUAACUCGCAAAGCUACUGGGCAUUCACUUGUUUACAACCAACUUUAUCCCUUCGAAGGCCUCCAAAAUUACACCUCUGGAAUCAUCCAUCAUGUUCGCCUCAAAGGAUUGAAACCAGAGACGCAGUAUUACUACCAGUGUGGGGAUCCUUCUCUACCAGCCAUGAGCGACGUCCAUGCUUUCCGAACCAUGCCUGCUUCGGGACCUCGAAGCUACCCUAAACGGAUAGCCGUGGUCGGCGAUUUGGGCCUCACAUACAAUACCACUUCCACGGUGGACCACAUGAUAAGCAACCAACCUGAUCUAAUAGUGUUAGUAGGCGACGUCAGCUAUGCAAACUUGUAUCUCACGAACGGAACUGGCUCGGAUUGCUAUUCCUGCUCAUUCCCGCAUACACCGAUACACGAGACGUAUCAGCCACGUUGGGACUACUGGGGAAGGUAUAUGGAGCCAGUUAUCUCGAGAAUACCGAUGAUGGUGAUUGAAGGAAACCAUGAGAUAGAACAACAGAUUGAUAACAGGACAUUUGUGUCUUACGAUGCUAGAUUUGCAUUCCCCUCCAGAGAGAGCAGAUCAUUCUCCUCAUUCUAUUACUCUUUUAACACUGGAGGAAUACAUUUCAUUAUGCUCGGAGCAUACAUUUCUUAUAACAGAUCAGGGCAGCAGUACAAGUGGUUGGAGAAAGAUCUAGCGAAGGUAGAUAGAACAGUAACUCCUUGGUUGAUAGCCGUUUGGCAUCCGCCAUGGUACAGCACCUACAAAGCCCACUACAGGGAAGCGGAGUGCAUGAGGGUGGAAAUGGAGGAUCUCCUCUACUCAUACGGUGUCGACGUUGUCUUCAAUGGACAUGUUCACGCUUAUGAACGGUCGAACCGUGUCUACAACUACAAAUUGGACCCCUGCGGUCCAGUUUACAUCACAGUCGGGGAUGGCGGCAACCGGGAGAAGAUGGCGAUCAACCACGCAGAUGACCCUGACAACUGCCCUGACCCAUCAACAACACCUGACGAGUACAUGGGCGGCUUCUGCGCGUUCAACUUCACGUCGGGCCCAGCUGCAGGCAAGUUCUGCUGGGACCGCCAGCCCGAGUACAGCGCUUAUCGCGAGAGUAGCUUUGGCCACGGGAUCGUAGAGGUGAAGAAUGAGACUCAUGCUUUGUGGACAUGGCAUCGGAACCAAGAUCUAUACGGCGAUGCAGGAGAUGAGAUUUAUAUAGUCAGGGAGCCUGAGAAGUGCCCCCAUUAACCGAAAAGAUUUGUUUGAUUAGCGAUCUAGGCGUUCGAAUGAAGCUUUUGUUAAAGCUGGAAAUUCAGAUUGAAGAAUAAUGUAAGCUUACAGGGAUUGUGAUAAACAGAAGUAAAUAAUUGAAUGUAUGAUGAAAUAAUCAGAUCAAUAGUGUU